UUCGGUACCCCGAGUUGGAGGGGUUUCUUGGGCAUGUUCAUCGGCUUCUCCUUUGGGUUUCCUGAGACUUAUCCUGAUGGGAGAACAGGCAAAGGGCCUCUCCACAGGGGGGUGCAGCUCGUUCCCCUGCCCAGGCAGCGCACCCCAGCUGGUCAGGCAUUGGCGCCCUGAGGCAGGGCAUUGCACGCCGCUGUGGGGCGCUUCUGGGAUUAAACUUCGCCCGGGUUGUUUUCCCGUAGGUGCAGUGAAUGAAAGCCCACGGCCACCCAGCUCGUACAACGGGGACUUGAACGGGCUGCUGGUGCCGGACCCCACCGCAGCUGGAGAUGGCACGCCCCUGGCUAAACCCGUGCUCCGAACCGUGCCCCUGGGAGCCCUGCAGGAGAAGCAAGUCAUCUGCCUCUCCGGAGACGACAGCUCCACCUGCAUGGUGAUCUCGGCAAAAGAUGUGGAGAUUGUGGCCAGCAGUGACUCGAGCAUCACCAGUAAGGCCAGAGGGAGCAACAAGGUGAAAAUCCAGCCAGUAGCCCGGUAUGACUGGGAGCAGAAAUACUACUACGGCAACCUGAUCGCCGUGUCCAACUCCUACCUGGCGUACGCCAUCAGAGGUGCCCACAAACGCACCAUGGUGCUGGUGCUGAGCAUCAGCACUGCCGAACGGACCUUGCUGAAAGGCUUCACGGGCGGCGUGGCAGACCUGGCUUUCGCCCACCUCAACUCCAACCAGCUGGCCUGCCUGGACGAGGCCGGCAGCCUCUUUGUCUGGCACCUGGCCAUGGACAACGGGAAAAUCCAAGAGGAGAUCUUGGUGAACAUAAAACGCCCCGAGAGCACCCCCCUGAACAACUUCCGGAGAAUCAUCUGGUGCCCCUUCAUCCCAGAUGAGAAUGAGGAGAGCGGCGAAGAGGCCAGCCAGACGUUGGCACUGCUGCACGAGGACAGGGCAGAGGUGUGGGAUCUGGAUAUUAUCCGAGCCAACAACAGUUCCUGGCCGGUGGAGGUGACCAAUGUCAAAGAGGGCUUCAUUGUGGUGAAAGGCCACAGCACGUGCCUCAGCGAGGGAGCUCUCUCUCCGGACGGGACGGUCUUGGCCACAGCCAGCCACGACGGCUACGUCAAAUUCUGGCAGAUCUACAUAGAGGGGCAAGACGAGCCACGGUGCCUGCACGAAUGGAAGCCCCACGAGGGCAGGCCGCUCUCCUGCCUGCUUUUCUGCGAUAACCACAAGAAACAAGACCCGGAGGUUCCUUUCUGGAGAUUUCUCAUCACGGGAGCGGAUCAGAACCGGGAGCUGAAGAUGUGGUGCACCGUGUCCUGGACCUGCCUGCAAACUAUCCGCUUCUCCCCUGACAUCUUCAGCUCCAUGAGUGUCCCCCCCAGCCUGAAAGCCUGCCUGGACCUCUCCGCCGAAUACCUGAUCCUCAGCGACGUGCAGAGAAAAGUCCUGUACGUGAUGGAGCUGAUGCAGAACCAGGAGGAGGGCAGAGCUUACUUCAGCUCCAUUUCAGAGUUCCUCCUCACCCACCCGGUGCUGAGCUUCGGCAUCCAGGCGGUGAGCCGCUGCCGGCUGCGCAGCUUUGCCCCACCCCCAGCCUGGCCCGCUCACCCCCCAGAUAUGGGUCAAUUUGCCCAUUUGUGGGGGCAGCACUCCCGUGCCGGCCCAACCCCCCAGCCCUGUCUGCCUCCUUCAGAGGGACUUUCUGGCCCUCUCUCGGCAGCCUUUGCAGACCCCCUGGCUGACCUGGGCGCGGACGGGCUGGGCUCGGAGAAGGGCUCGGUGCACGGCUCCCAGCCAGACUUGCGGCGCAUCGUGGACCUGCCCGUGCCUGUCGAUUUCCUCGCCCUCGCCAACGACGCCAAGCCCAAGCUGAUGACCCCGGAUGCCUUCAUGACCCCGAGUACAUCCCUUCAGCAGGUGGCCGGGCUGCCAGGCAGCAGCGUGAGUUCCCUCACCUCCGUCACAGCCCUGAGCAGCGCGUCCGUCAGCGACCCCGCCGUGCCCAGGCCGUCUGAAGACCUGGCUCUGAGCCCAAAGAUCCAGCUGGACGCCAGCCUCACGCUGAGCAGCAGUAGCAGCAGCCUCCAGACGAGUCCUAGGAACCACGCCAUCCUCCUCCCGGGACUCCCUGACAAGCUGGCCCCAAAGGCUCCCCUCCCGGUGAGGCCCCGGCGCCCAACGUCCCCUCUCGCUCCUGUCCCUGCUCCUGCCGGCUGCAGUGCACAGCGGGCCCAGGCCAGCUGGCAGCCCUGGUUCCUGGCCAGGCCGGCCCAGGGUCGCAGCUCCACCAGCUGGGCACCCGGGCAGGCACAGAGCAAGACCGCCUCUCCGUGGAAGCCGCGCAGCUUGGCUUUGAAAAUGGGGGCUUCUCUAGUGCAGGGUCACUCCUCCGGUUUCAUCGUUGGCUUCACGCGGUCUCCCCAGCUAGGAGACCUUGUGGCCGAGGGGGGGAGCCCAGGGAGCUGCCAGACGCUGUGCCCAGGCCCGGAUUGCGUUCCCCUGAAAUCUGAGUGGCGCGGCAGAAUCUGCUGCUGCGGGAAAGAGCCCGCAACUGAUCCCAGCCAGCGGCACACAGGGAAGCAGGACGUAGCCUCCACGGGGUCAGUUCCGGAGCUGCUAGGUGCCCUUGGGGACCGUCGCUCUGACUCUUCAGCGGGGCCCGGGGAGCCGGGCGUGCUGGCCCUGGAACCGUCCUGCCUUUUCGCCUCCCUCCUGGAGACGGCCUUAACUCAGGAAAACGCCUCUGCUGGCAGUGGCAUGGGCCAGCCCUGGCCGGCGGCCCCCGACAUCACCAGGGAGACCAGGAACAGCAUGGCCAACAGCCCCAGGGACGACGUUGACGAGAAGCACAAGGGCGCGGCCUAUCACAGGCACAGCUACCACGUGCUGCAGCACGACAGCCAGGACGCCAGCGCAGAGCAAAGCGACCACGAUGACGAAGUUGCGAGUUUGGCUUCGGCAGCGGGCGGGUUCGGUGCCAAAGCGUCUGCGCAGAGGCUGCCGGUGAAGGACUGGAAAGCCAAGGUGUCCCCCCGGGCGUCCCCCAAGCUCAAACGGAAGGGCAAGAGAGAGGACGGGGACACGACCCAGUCCCCGAGAUCGUGCGAUCACCAGGGGCCGGCCGCGUGCCAGGAGGAGCUGAUGUCCCUGCUGCGGAGCCAGCAGAGGGAGCUGACGGAGCUGGGGCAGAACCAGCUGGAGCUCAUGCAGAGGCUCACGGACCACCUGGACGCCGUGCAGAGCUCCCUCAUGGGCCACAUGGAGCGAGUCAUCGAUUCGCAGCAGGAGCAGGAGCGUAUCCUUCCGGGCAAGCCCGCCCCGGGGCCGGCCUUCUCCCCUCGGCCCCAGCGGGUGGGCAGGGACACGGCUCCCCUGCAUCUCGCGGGCGGCCCCCGGUGCAUGGAGCGUUGGGCACUCGCCCCGCUGAGCGUGCAGAGUUGGGGUUUCUCCGGCCCUGCACCAGCUACCUUCAGACACCAAGCGCCCGGAGGAGAACCGGGCCCUGGGAAUGGCUCAGCACUGGACGGGACCUGCCCGGGAGGGCUCUGCCGCGUUCCCAGGGCCCGGCACCGAUUUGGUCCAGGGCCAGCGUCUGCCUGGGGGCCCGUGUGCCCGGAAGCGCCGGGGCUGAUAGCCGGAGGCCUGGCUCGGCCCGGGGCAGGGAGAGCAGCUCCGUCCGGUUCUCUUCCCAGCAUGCAGGACUCGAUGCUGGCCCAGGUGCAGCGGGUCAUCAAGGGCGAGGUGAGCCUGGCCAUGAAGGAGCAGCAAGCGGCCGUCACCUCCAGCAUCGUGCAGGCCAUGCGCUCGGCAGCAAGCUCCCCGCCCGCUCUGGGGCGGAGGGAGCCGAGCUGGCCCUGGGCUGCGCCCGUGUCCCUCCGCCCCCAGGCCUCCCCAAAGCCACGUGUCUCCUAGGCGCUCACCGCCGCGGACCUGAACCUGGUGCUGUACGUCUGUGAGACGGUGGACCCCCAGCAGGUCUUCGGCCAGCACCCCUGCCCGCUGUCCCAGCCCGUCCUCCUCCUGCUCAUCCAGCAGCUCUCCUCCGACCUGGGCACCCACACGGAGCUGAAACUGAAGUGAGUGUCGCGCCGGAGCUCCUGCCCCCGCCAAGGGAGCCCCCGCGGGUGCCAGGGGCUGCUGAGUUGGGCCAGGUGCCGCCGGGGUAUCUGUGCCGUCA